UGUUCUUACAUCGUGUCAAAGACAACUUUUUGAUUUAAGUGGAAAGCUAUUUACUGGGGAAUAUACUUCUCCCAUUGAAAUGAUGUUAUUCCAUUGAUUUAUUCGCAUUUCGAUUUUGAAAUUUUCGUUUAUAAUUUUCCCGCCACCCGCUCAGUGAUGUAGCGCGUAAACAAAUUCAACCGAGCGUUCCGAAUCGUGAGCGCAAUUUUGACUUUGCUCCCUUCACACGUCGUUCAUUGGUGCUGUAUUUGUGUUGGUGACGGCACUCACCAUUGGUUUGACAAGCAGUUGAGAGGGAAGAAAGAAAAAAAGCUAGUAAAGCAAGCCAGCCAUUGAAGUCUCGAAGAGCACGGAACAUCAAAGGAGCAGCAGAAAAGUGUCUGGGAAGUUGCAGGAGGAAAAAUGCCUCUGUUACGGCAAAAGCUCUUCCAGAAGGUGUCUGGACAGGAAAAACUCCGUGAUAGUGAUGAAGUGUUUUACUGUGAAACUACAAAUGAAAUCUUCAGCAAUUACGAGGACUAUUUUCAUCAUGUUGUGCUCAUCUCAUCGAUUGUGUGGACCUGUGAGAUCACGGGAAAACCGAAUCUCACCUAUGCGGAAGCGCUGGACUCGGAAAAACAGGCACGCAAGUUGCUCAGAACAUUUCCACCUACUGUGAAAGGCCCAUUCCUAUUGGUAGCGUCGCAUACUAAACGGUGCUCCUUUAACGAAAUGCUCGAUGAUGUGUUCGGUUUCGUCAAAGACCAUUACUUCAAGGGAGAAACGGUAGACGCAAAAGAUCCAAAUAAAACCGUUUACCGAGAGGCUACGAUUCUUGAAGUGGUUCCACCGAGUAAUAAAAACAGCCCCACGAAGGCAGACAAGUUCAAGUAUCGCGUUCACUCUGAUGAUGGGCGUACGCCAAAGGAAUGGACUUCAAUUGCGGAAAAUAUGAGACGAGAACGCAGCUCAACAACUCGUGACAAAUGUAAACUGUUCCUGAAGCAGCACGUAGAGCAAGUUGGUGGAGUGCUUAAGAUUAAGGAAGCUUCCUUCAAAAAGUUUGUCUCUGAUGAGAAAAUGACCGAUGACAUGAUAUUCUUUGGGAAUCCACCAGAUUUUGGAAAAUCAAAGCGUUUUCAAAUCGCCGAGGAAAAGAAGCUUCGCAUGGAGCAGGAUAAGCAAAAUUUACCUCCAAAAACUAAAAAGAAACCUGGUCCGAAGCCAGGUUUCAAGAAGGACGAUGGAAAACAGCAGAGCAUUUCUAAAUACUUAAAUAAAUCCUCCGAAGAAGGCGGCAGCAGUAAGUUCAAGACAGUUGACGAUCAGAAAUCAGACAAGAACCUCAAAGAAGAAAUGGAACGGAUACGAAAAGAGAAAGCAGAGAAGGAGGCUUUGGAAAAGAAACGCUUGGAGGAGCAGAAAGCCAUCCUUGCUGAGCAAGUGGCGAUAGCCAUGAAAAAGUUCAAUCGCGUCCAGGAAGACCAGGAACUGUCCGAUCAGAAGGUUAUUCCGGAACCGAAACCAGUGAGCACUAUAAUCGAUUCAAAGCACUUCAGUGAGUUUAUGUACAUCCUGGAGUUUAUGACUUCGUUUGCGGAACUAUUGUCGAUUAAAGAUAAAUUCGCUAACGGUCUUUCUAUGGAUCUGCUGGAAAGGGCACUGCUAUUGAAGGAGGUAAAUGGUCCUUUGAGUGACAUUUUCCAAGUGCUAUUGAGCACAAUUUUCUCACACCAAGUCGAAGAAGAAAACGAGGUAUACGUUAGAUACGAUACGGCAGCUGACUUCGGAAACCGAAAAAAUGGGUUCCCUUUCUUAAAGAAAGCCACUAAAGCUGCUAUAUGGUGUGAGACACAUUAUAGCACUAAAUUGAAUGAGCUACCGAUGGAUUCUACUACCGUAUCGGAAAUCUUAAGACUACAUUUCCUUUCCUCCGGUGCUUUGAUUGAAGAAAAAGGUGCUAAAUGGCGAUUCUCUAUGCGUGGAGGUUACCACAGCUACGAUGAUCCAGGAGUUCAGCUAGUGCUCGACUAUCCGCAUAUUUUGAGGGCGCUCAAGUCCUUUACGGUGUUUCAGCUUCCAAUUGGCGACGUUUUGAAGAUUUUAAAAUGUCUCAUCGACCAGUUGCUAACGUACGGAAGUGUACGGGAACUGAUCGAGGAACGUCUAGAGAAGGCUAAAAUUGCAAAGCAGCAGUACCUCACGGCAAACGCAGCGAGAAGAAAGCGUGAGGCACGAAACGCUUCCGAAAAGUGGGACAUGAAGAAUGAGUUGAAAAGGAAGAUCGUAGCCCACGAAGGAACUAUUGAAGAAAAGGCAGCCUUACGCAAGGAGUCAGAAGAAAAGAUGGUCCAAGAGUUUGUGAAAUUGGACGCUGAUACAGAACGUGAUGUCAAAGUUCUGCAAAAAGACAUCGACAAGUGCAAGGAAGACUUCUUCGAUUACCAGAUCUACUUGGGCUCGGAUCGUGCUCAUAGAAGUUACUGGUUAUUCGAGUCUCUUCCGGGUUUAUUUGUCGAGUAUGAUCGAACAUAUUCCGGCAAAUGUCAGGAUAAACCAACACCACACAUUCCUGGAUUGGCUUCUUGCCCUGCAGAUUUGAGAAAGAAGUUCAUCACACAAACAAUUAUGAACAACAAACUGAGCGAAGACGAUAAAGAAAAUCAAGUCAAAAAAGAGGACUUAGUAAUUGAAAAACUCAUGUUGACUGGGAGUGCCAAAAUUAAAGGGUUGAUUGAUCAAAACAAAGCGACCCCUAACGGAGCUCCCGACGAGAGUUCAACAGACACGAAGAAGGAACUUGUGAAAACGCCUACAAAUGCUGAACUGUUGAUGUGUACAGCCAAUUCAAAAUCCUGCCCGGUGCACAGUGAUGUUCAUUCAGGUGCAAGGUGGAGUUUUUAUCAUACGGAGGAAGAAAUAAACGCAUUGAUAGAAAGCCUCAAUCCCAGAGGUAUACGCGAGAAGACACUUCGCGAAAAUCUAGAAAACGAAAAAGAGCUCAUUUUGACCCAUGUCAAGGAUUGCCCGGUUGAAAAAAUUACUGCCAGUGUAGUGGAUCGGGAUGCAGUGCUUGCAGCCAUUAAUGCCAAGUAUAUUAAAAAGUACGAUUCACCUGAUUUCAACCAUGAACCAGGAACGGAUCCAAAUGUAAUUUUUGAAACCACUUUGCGUGAGAAUCUGCUAGAACUUGAGGCUAAAAUUUCUAUUGGUUAUUUGGGUAAUAUGAAGGUGAGGAAUCGAGAGGAAUGGCGCGAUGCAUUGGAGCAGUUCGAUUAUAAACAACUUUCCGAACCGCUCCGAUGGGGUCGUAAUAGAGUGAUGGCCAUAAAAGAGAAAAAAGAAGACACAGAAGAUCAAGAUGAAGGUAUGGAAAAUGACGAAUCGGAUGAUGACAAUGAAAAGCAGCUCUCACAUGAUAAUGAUCCAGGUUAUGAUUUGCCAGAUACGAUGAUUAUUGAAUCUGAGGACUCUAGUGAUGAGUCAAAGCUGUUAGAGGAAUCGAACACUUUGAAAGAGAAAGUUCAUUCGUUAGCAAAAGCUUUGCUUCAAAUCGAGCAGUGCAUUGAUUCUAAAUUCCUGAGUCAUCCACUUGGAGUGAAGAAAAAAAUAAAGGACAAGGCUGCGAUAACAAAAUCACUGAUUAUAGGUCAAAAGAAUCUGGCACGUUGGGAAGAAUCCCUUAUGCGUGCAUCGAACUACUCUCAAAUCUUUUUGCAUUACAACGUACUAUACGACACAAUACAGUGGUCUAGAUCUGCUGAGCGCAUCGCUUGCAUGAUUUGCCGCCGAAAAGGUGAUCCGGAAAUGACGCUAUUAUGCGAUGAAUGUAACCGUGCUUGUCAUAUGUACUGCCUCAAACCUAAGCUGAAACAAGUCCCAGAAGGAGACUGGUACUGCCCGAAAUGCCGACCGGAAGACUAUAAAAAGAAGAGACAAACCAGAAAACGCAAGGUCUUCGUAGAAGAGGAACGUGUCGAGGAAGAAGAAUUCGAAGAACAGAUAGAUGAAACGGCCGAUGAUGAAAAUGAAGAGGUGCUCAGCGAGUCGGAAGAGGAAGUCAAUUGCAAAAGGUGUAAGAUAGCAGGUGCAACCGUACUAUGUUCCACGUGUAGUACGGCAUACCAUCCGGAGUGUACAAAGUCUCUCACAAGCACACAGAAAAAGCGUUGGAACUGUGACAAAUGCUGUAAAAAGAAAACAGGUUCCAGCAGUUCUAAGAAGAAAUCAAAAGAUAAUAAAAAAAAAUCUAAGAAAAUAUCCGCCUGGCUUGCUUCAGCUCCGGUGAAGGCCGAAAGCAUAGACGAUUACGACGAAUAUGAAGAGGAACAAGAGUUCGAAGAGGAACCAGAAUGCGAAGAAGCUGAAGAACGAACAAAGGUUAACACCUCGAAGAAACGAAAUUCCAAACGCAAGACAUCUCAUGACGAGGAUUCAAGUGAUGAUGAAACUUUAGCAGUUAAAGCGAAGCGUAGUCGUCGAUCAACUUCGAAACGGUCCUUGACAAAUGGAUAUCACGAAGAAAACGAAGACGAAGAUGAUGAAACACCCUCUCCACCCAGUAAAUCACGACGUUCUGCUGCGAAUGAUGACCUGGAUUCAUCAAAUUCCCGCAGAGGUAGACGCACCGGCGACGACCUGCCACUGAACAACGUAGUUUUAUACACUUUGCUCGAUGAUAUUCUAAAACAUGCGGACUCAUGGCCUUUCGACAGACCGGUUUCUGUAAAGGAAGUGCCAGAUUAUUACACCAUUAUAAAAAAUCCGAUGGAUUUUGCCAAAAUCAAAUCAAAACUGAAUAUGGGCGAAUACACGAUCAAUGAACAAAUGAUGAAUGACGUACAACUGGUGUUCCGUAACUGCGAUCUAUACAAUACCGACGAAACAGAAAUCUAUAGAACCGGCCAAACCUUGGAGCGAUUUAUACUGCAGCGUUCAAAGGAGUUAUCACUUCCAUUCAAACCGAGUGACAUGCUGAAACACGAUUCGGCCCUGAAAAAUGGAACCUCGACUCCAUCUACCCCCGUGUCCAACGGAGGGAAUUCCCCAAAAUCGUCACACAAAGAUAGCAGUAGUGGGAAACGGAGGUCUGCGAAAAAGUAAGCGAAUGCUUUUCUUAACUUUAACGUACAUACCUACAUAGCUUUUUGGAGCAAGCUAAGUAUUGAUAAGUUUUAAGAGUAGGACCGAUUUUAUCAUCAUUCUCUUGCAGCGAUUACUCGUGAUGACAAACAGAUUAUUUUAAUAUUAGCAUGUAGCGUUUAGAAGAAAAUCAUUACAACAUCUGUCUAAGUGUAUAACAAAAUAAUAUGACCAAUAACUUUGGCUGCACUUAUAUAGCUUACAAGGUAAUAGACGAGCAAAUUCGAUCACCCGACGAGCUAGACUUUGGUCACUGUAAAUCACGAUUAUGUUUCCAUGUGUCUAGAAUUUCUUAUUUUUCUAUUUAUAAUAAAAUGACGUACAUUAGGAUGCCACAA